UCCAUAUAGCUCGCGUGCACGUAUAUAAAUGAAAGAGCCACGGGCAGGGUAUAAAAGACCGGCGCACCUGGUCAGUCGAGCUCAGAUACUCCACCGAAUCGGUAUAACCGCGGUCUUUUUCUUUCUCCGUCGUGUAGGCGCGAGUGCGAACGGUGUUUGUUUGAAAAUCGGUUCACCUGCGGAUAUAGAAAACAGUUGUUGAUACUUUUAACAACACAAGUAUACGUAUUUAUAUACGCGUUUGCGAAUCGGUUUUCCUUUGUAUAGAUAUAUAAACGAAUUCGCUGCUUUGGCAAUAUGCCGACGUGCACGUGCAUGAUCGAGCGCCAAGCCAAUUGCGCGGGCGAUCGUCACGUGUGUCUGCUGAAGCCGUUGUCUACUUCUUCUUCUUCUUCUUCGCAACUGCAGCAACAGGAUGUUUUGUCGAUCGAUGCACGAGCCAAGGAUGAUAACGAGCUUGUUACACGCGAGGUGGACGAGGAGGAUAGGGGCCAGGAAUACUCGAGCGCUGUGAGGUACAGAGACGGAUCUGUGCGGCUGAGAAAUCCCAACAUCGAGCUAAUGGACCAGGACAUCCUGUACCAUCUUGCCCUCGGCAGCGGAUCUCACGAUCUCGUCGAAAUGUUUGGCGACAUUAAGUUCAUCUGCAUGGGCGGGACGCCAAAGCGCAUGGAGCAGUUCGCCAACUACAUAAUGGCGGAAAUAGGCCACAAGCUUCCGGCCGGUACGACCCUGCUCGACAUCAGCCGGUACUCUUAUCGCUACUCCAUGUACAAGGUCGGACCCGUCCUUUGCGUCAGCCACGGCAUGGGCAUCCCCUCGAUCGGUAUCCUCCUCCACGAGAUGAUAAAGCUGAUGUACCACGCCAAAGUGAAGGACCCGGUGUUCUUCCGGAUCGGCACGUGCGGCGGUGUCGGCGUCGAGGGCGGCACCGUCGUCAUAUCCGAGGAAGCCGUCGACGAGAUGCUCAACCCCUACUACGAGCAGCACAUCCUCGGCAAAAAAAUCUGCCGGCCGGCGAAGCUGGACAAACAACUGGUGCGCGAGCUGAAGGUACUCCACAGCACCGAGGACCCAUACGACACGAUAACCGGCAAGACUAUGUGCACCUCGGACUUUUACGAGGGCCAGGGUCGGCUGGACGGUGCAUUCUGCGAAUUCAGCGAAAACGAGAAGAUAGAGUACCUCCAGCAGCUCCAGGACGCCGGGGUCGUCAACAUCGAGAUGGAGAGCACGGCCUUCGCGGCCCUCACCCACCUCGCCGGGGUGAAAGCCGGCAUCGUGUGCGUCGCUCUCCUCGACCGAUUCAAGGGCGACCAGGUGUGCGCCCCGAAAGAGGUGCUGGACGAGUGGCAGAUGAGGCCCCAGAUCCUGGUGUCGCGGUACAUAAGGCGCUACCUGCAGCGCAAGGGUCGGCUCCACUCGACCGACAGCCCGGGCUCGAUGUGCGUCAAGAGCCCGAGGCGGUUCAAGCUCGUGCAGCAGGAAUCCGAGAACUACGAGUAAACGGGGGCCACCUUCACGAAAUCAGCGCCAAAAUAAUAGUAAUAACAAGAAUAAUGAGAACAAACAAAAUAGCACCGCGUUUAUUUUCCUGCAUUUAACGGGCCCGGCUGCUGAAACGACUGUGUGUUACCUCUAUACUGAUGCUUUUCGCGGCUCGGGUGGAGUCUUCCUCGUUGU